UUUGAAAUUAAAUCGAUGGAAGACGACCAUUACGUCGUCCUCGCAGAAUCUAGGUAUAAAUCGGAGCCAGAGAAUAUCGAAUCGCCGAUGAGGUUGACUCUAUCGUUGUAUUUCACACUCUUGGUAUUGUCGUUGGUAUCAAUUCACAUGGCGGAGGCAGCAUCAUUACCUGAAUCGAAAGUCCACAUCGUUUACACUGAGCAGCCCAAGGAUGAGGAGUCUGAGGCCUACCACAUCCGAACCCUCUCCUCCGUCGUCGGAAGCGAGGAGGCUGCGAAGGAGGCUCUGGUGUACAGUUACAAGACUGCUGUCAGCGGCUUCUCAGCCAAGCUCACCCCGGAACAGGUUACUGAGAUGCAAAAACAACCGGGUGUUCUUCAGGUUGUCCAAAGCAGGUCUCUGCACCUGCAUUCUGGACCUGGGAUGCGUUCUGGACCUGCAAUUCGACACUGAUGCUGUUACCUAUUGUAAGUAUUAGUCUAUAGAAAGACAACUCUUUAUCAAGUUGGUUGUUGUGCCCUUCUCUAUAAAACAGUUUGGCUUGUGUAAUGGAGGCCCCAGUGUGUAUGUGCUCUAAUAAUGUUUCAUAUUCGUAGUACAUAGGAAGACUGUUUAUGAGUUGUCAGCUGUGUUUAAACAAAUUGUGAAUUCUGGAUAUGUGGGUUGUUACAAGUGAAAUGACGGUA